AUGUUUCAAACCCCAACCAAACUAGGAUAUAUGAGGAAGUCGAGGUUUCUGAGCUUUGGUUGGUUACUGGAAGCGCCUAUCAAUGUUGCACCACCAAUCAUUGUAGCUGUCACAGUACAUGUUGGCGCUAACAAGGUUUCUUCCCCGCGUACAAAACAAUCGGAUGAAUCGAAUUCGUCGAAUUAUAGCGGUAAGGCAAGCCGAAAUCUAUUUCCAGAUAACGAGCACGGUCGCAGAAUGUGA